AUCCACGUCUGUGCUCGUAAAAUCGCGCAGAGCCACAGUCUGGAGCGACCGCGUUGUGCCUGAACACCGAGGGCUGAGCCGACCCGCUUUAAGUGCGCAGCAGUGCCGCAGGAGUGAAACAGCGGCCAGGGGGGCCGGCGGACAAAGUUUUCUCAGUGGGGACGAAUAUUUCUCAGCAGGCGGUUUUAUUUUUUACUCAGCGUCACCCCUGGUCCGUGGCUUCAGAUUGCACACAGGAGUAAGUUUCAUAUGGACACUACUUGGAGACGGCUGGCGCAACAAGCAUGGGAUUAUUUUUUUUGUAAUGUGGAUUCCCAUUCCGGUGCAGGCAACUAAAGGUCCGUUGCAAAACAAUGUGAGGCGUUAUGCGUCUUGGAUUUUCGUGUUUCUGGAUAUUCUGAAAAUAAUUGGCAACAGUUGAGAAGGAAGAAGUUGUGCGCAAAGGAUUUUACCCCUCCAGCCCCCGGGACCAGCAUGGAUUUGCCGCUACAACCCCCUUCCCCCUGCCUGUAGAGCAGAAGUUUUCGCCGGUCCACUUUGUGUUGUUGUACUUGUUUGUUUGUAAACUUCAUGUUCGAGGACAGAUCGCCACAUUGGCCGCUUGGAUUUUAAAACGUCGCCUGCCUUUUGGAUUUUCCAACACGAUGAACUUUAUUGACAGUUUGACUCUAAUAUUUUUGACGCUGUCAGCUGUCAAGAGCGCCCACAUACCGAAGAGCACAGAAAGAGGUCCACAUGACGUGAUCCCUAUAAUGGAGGUGUACAACAAGAGCAGGUGCCAGCCCCGGGAGCUGCUGGUGGAGAUCCUGCAGGAGUACCCGGAGGAGGUGGAGCACAUCUUCAUCCCGUCCUGCGUGGUGUUGACGCGCUGCGCCGGCUACUGCAACGAUGAGAUACUGCAAUGCAUGCCGACGUCCACCUAUAACAUAACAAUGCAGAUUAAAAGAGUAAAACACCACGUACAGCAAAAUGAUAUUGACAUGAGUUUUACAGAACACAGCGCAUGUGAGUGUAGGCAGAAGACAGACGUGAAAGAACAGAAAGAAAAAAAAUCCCGGAAAGGCAAGGGCAAAGGCCUAAAGAGAAAACGAAAGAAAAACCGUGACAAAACAAUUCACGAUGCUGUUUGUGAGCCAUGUUGCGAUCACUGCUCAGAGAGGAGAAAGCGUUUGUUCGUGCAGGAUCCCGCAACCUGCCGGUGCUCCUGCAAACACACAGACGAAUACUGUAAAGAACGCCAACUAGAGCUCAACGAGAGGACCUGCAAAUGUGACAAGCCGAGAAGAUGAGAGAGGUGGGAUCACCAGGUGUACAAGAUGAAGGAAUAUUCUAGAGAUAUUUCACAGCACAGCACUUUGACCUUUGAACCGUAAGCUCUUCUUUUCUGUGGAAAGCAUUCCCCUUGGACUGGCUGAGAGAGAACAAAAAGAAAGACUGAACUGAAGUUUCCUCCCACUGUAUAUCUCUGUGUACAUAGACCAUGAUAAAAGAAAAAAAGAGUACAGAAUUGUUAUGCUGCUACAGAAACGAAUAACUAAACCCAUCAUUUGACAAAACACAAAUAGCCGCCAUGUGGUUUUGCAUUUCUAACAGGCUUGCAGUGCAGGUGUAGUCUCGUUGUCGAUUCAUUGUAUGCAAUUACUUCACUGGAUAUGAGUCUACUGUGGUUGUGUGUCAAUCAAAAGUUGCAAAACCUCUCAAUCUAAGAUAUAUUUAACUGCUAAAACAGUGGGUGAGGCUGAAGAGGACAUGGACGCACCCUCCUUUCUAAAACGAUGGAUGGACUCUCGUCUGCAAAUGUCUACUUUUGUUUUGGGACUAUAACAGAAGGACACUGCGACAGACGAUGGAAAUCUUGAACCUGUGUCUCCGUGAUAUUGCUUCCUAUCCUCUGAGGACAUUGCAGGACUGGACUAACACAAUAUUGUCACUAUUGUGAUCAGCUUGCUGGAGAAAAGACUCUGGAGUGCCAUAUACCUUUAAAGGGAUACUGGUCAUCGUUGAAAGCAUCAUAUGUUUUGCUAUGUCCUUCAUGAAAACCACUGAAAACAUCCUAUACUGUAGAUUCCAUUUGAAAAACUGUGCCUCACAAAAUGUACUGAGAAAUCUUUCGAGUGCUUUUUAAAUUAUUUUUUGUUUUCCUUUUUCAGGAGAGGGGAUUGUCAAAGUAGUUUUAUUAGUCGUUGAACUCAAUACAGAAUCUAUUGAUUACAUAUCUUUUAUCUUGUACAUACUUAAUAUCCCUUUAUGCCAUAGUCCAUUCUCGAUAAUUUAUAAUGUUAUAGAGUAUUUUUCAGUAUUCAUUCUUCUACCCAUAUUUAAUUUGGUCUAUUUAUAUAUGCAGUGUUAUGUUCCUGUGGCUGUCCUAUCUCCCCCAUUUGUAAGGUCACUGAUGGCUACUCUCAGCAUGGAGACUCUCUGUGCAUUUCUACGACAAAAAAAAAAUCAAACAUGAUUUGUUAACAUUCCCUUAAUGGAUCACUUGUAUUGAUGUACUGAUGACACUCUGGAUUCUCAACCCCUCGUAUCUAAGGGUGUGGGUGCUGUGUAGAAUUUUAAUGUAUCUGCGUGUUUGUGUACGUGUGUGUAUGAAUGCGUGUCCAUGUGCAUUUGCCGACAUGCACAUAUGUGUUUAGGUGUUAGUAAGUUGUAUUUAAGUAUUUAAUGUAGCGGACCUGUGCUCUGUCCGUCCUGCAAGAUGCAAAUACAAAUAAACUACUGCUAGCAGCUCACUCAUACACUACUACCAUACAAAUUUGGAUAACAAUCUGCCAUCAGUCUUGGAGCCCUCAUUAUAAUUUCUCUUUGUCUCUUCUUCACUAUUAACAUGUUUUCUGUGUCUAUGUAAAACAGUAAAGCAUAUUUAUUUUCAAAUUAUAUUGUUUUUAUAUAAAAUAAGGAAAAGGUUGCUGUGUUGUGAAUACUGUGUUUUCAAGAGAUUUAAAUAGGCAGCGUGAGUUUUCCGUGUUUUUGUGCGGCAAGUGGGUGCUCACAAAUCUGCCGAUGCAGAAUGUAAUCUGGAUGAAAAUAGAGCAGACGAAUAUGAAAUCCCUGCACGCCUUUCAUGACAGGCAGACAGACAUUCAUCCCUAUGAAUAAAAUGGCACUUUGAAGUA